AUGUCAGCUAAACUACCCAUUACCAAAAAGACCAAAAUGUCAGACUUGAUCAAUAACCGGUUAAAGAUACACACGGUUGAUAACAGAACAUACACAGGAACGCUACUUUCUUUUGACAAGCACCUAAACGUAGUAUUGGCAGAUACAGAAGAAGCAAGAAUCACGAAGAAAAGCUUGACUGAAUUACGAAUUCAGAGUCAGAAGAGGGCCAACAAGAAAUUACCCAUCACAUCGGCAUCCACUACGCCGCUAUUUCCUACAGAAAUACCCAAAAGUAGUAAGCCUGAUUUGACACGAAGACAUAUUGGAUUAAUUGUAUUAAGAGGAGAGCAAAUUGUUAAUUUUACCAUUGAAACUGGUCCCUCAAGCGACCUUAAGGUUGGAACCACCGGAGGCUCUACUUCCUCUAGCAGACCAGUGAAACAACCCGUGAGCAAGUUGAAAAAGAUUGCUUGA